GGGUGAGGUCGUAUGCGGCGUUUUUGUCUUCACUGUAAUAAACUUUCCCACGCCCAACGACACCACAGUGACCGCUCGAAUCGCUGCCUGUCUGGCAGACAUCUCAGCCUGGAUGAAGGAACACCACCUUCAACUCAACCCUGCCAAGACCGAACUCCUUGUCUUUCCAGCCAACCCGGCUGUUGAACGCAACAUCACCGUGCAGCUGGGUCCAACUACAGUUUCGCCUUCCAAAACGGUCUGAAAUCUAGGGGCACACAGCUGAACUUAAACGACGAUGCAAUAUUCAAGACCCUGAAUUCAAUUUGGAGUUAUUUUUCUUCAAAAAGGAAGACACAAGUAAUUUGAGUAUGUGUUGGUCUUGAAUAUAAAAAGAUAACGGAACAUCAGCAUUGAUCCCCAUAGAAGAACAGAGACUGAGUGGUACUUCAAGUUAUUUCUGGUGUGUGACACCCCCCAACCAUUUCCUGUGCAGGCCAACAUCCUUUUGUGUCUCAAGUGUGAGCUACUCUUGACACAGAGUUGCCUUAAAAUGAGAAUAAAGUAUAUAAAGUACUUUCUUGUAGCAUUAGCUAGCAGCUUUUGCUUUGUUAUAUUCUAUUCCAAGCUAAAGGAUGUGGCACGCUCUCAAAGAGAGAUGACUGAAAUGUCAUCAGUGAAAACAGCCACCCCUCAACAGAGGGUGUCCACCACUGUAAGAAAGAUAUCCAACAUUAUGACACCAUAUAAACUUACACCAUUCAAUAUUUCUGAGGGCUUCAGAAAAGAUAUUCCAAAAAAUGGUGCAUACUGGAACAGAAAACUUCAUUCUCUUCUCAGGGAAUUCGACAAUGCUGUAAAUCAAACCCGCAAGGACCCACGCAGCAGGUUUCGCUGUCGGCCUGAGAGUUUUGAGUUACUGCAAACAAACAUUCAGGAUCUUCAGUCAUACCCCCUACUCUAUAUGGACUUCCUUAAUGGCAUGGAAUGUCGAGAUCCACCAAUUCUUAUCAAUCAGCAUAGCAAGUGUGCGUUGAAGGAAAAUGAUCAAAUUUUCCUUCUUUUUGCAAUUAAAUCCACCUCGAAGCACUUUGAGAGGCGUCAAGCCAUUCGAGAGACCUGGGGAAGAGAAGGGUCAUAUGAUAAUGGGGUGCAGGUGCGAACGGUCUUUCUGUUGGGUCGAUCAUCUUUGGAUGAUCCCAAUCUUGACAAACUGGUUUCGUUGGAGGCUCAGCAGUUUCAAGAUCUUCUUGUUUGGGAUUUUCAGGACUCCUUCUAUAACCUGACUCUCAAGGAACAUGUGUUCUUCAAAUGGAUUCUUGAUCACUGUCCUUCCGUAUCUUUCAUUUUUAAGGGCGAUGAUGAUGUUUUUGCCAACACUCAAGCAAUACUGAAUCAUUUACAGUCUCUAGACCCUGCUCAGGCCUCAUCUUUGUACACUGGGCAAAUCAUUGAGAAAGCCAGCCCCUUACGAGACUCUAAAAUAAAAUAUUAUGUUCCUCAAACGUUCUAUGAAGGUCCUUACCCUCCUUAUGCUGGUGGUGGUGGAUUUCUCUUUUCUGGCAACCUAAUCCCAUCACUUUACCAUGUUUCCUUCUACAUACCCUUCUUCCCUAUUGAUGAUGUCUACACAGGGAUGUGCUUCAAAGCACUUGGAAUCAGUUCAUCGAUACACGGUGGUUUCAGGACAUUUGACAUUCGGGAACAGGAUCGGGAGAAUGCAUGUGUACACAAAGACUUGCUCCUGGUGCACAAACGCAACCCUCAGCAGACCAUGAGGCUGUGGAGGAAUAUGCACAGCUCCAUGCUAACCUGCUGAGAAGUCACUGGUAGACUGCCACGGUCAACUUGAAACAGAUGAUUUUGUUCAGAUAUUGUUCUUUAUGUAAAUUCUGAAACCAAUUUUUAAGACCCGUUGGCAAGUAAAAGCUGGUAAAAGCCUGUUUCUGGGUCAAAACAUUGGAAUCUAGUGCAUAAGAUUAUCUGUAAUUCUAGUCCAGGUUUUGGAAUUUGAAGAUUUUGUGAGGUCUAUAGAUUAAGUCUUUUUUUUUUUUUUUGGUUUGUUUUCUGCUGGGUUGAGGUGACUUUGCUGUAUUAUAUUUAAAGAUUGUACAUGAGAGAAAAUAUCUAUUUUUUUGGAUCUAAUGCAAUUUUACCAGCAUGGUGUCCACCGCUUUAGUUCAACUGUCCAUCUUGACCUUUUACAGGUUAAUUUUUACAGCCUGUUCUCAUGACUCUGGUGACAUUUUUGCAGAAUGAUAUUACGUGGUUCCUUUCACGCAUCAUGGCAGUUUUGAGGUGAAAUGUCCACUGAGUGGUGCUAAAAGUGAGUAAAGUUUUCUCUCAAACAGAUGAGGUCUUUACAGUUAAUGUUCUAUCGAUGUUUUAACUCAACGAAACCUACCUACCUCCCUACCCUAAACCUUCAUCUUAAACCUAACUGAUAGUCUCAUACAAGCAAACAUGACAUAAAUGCAAUUGCUGUGAAGAAAACCUGUAAUUUUGUCAUGCUUCUAUGACACUUUUAGCUUGCGUGUCGAUUAGCGUUACCCUUCAGGUCUUGUGAACAGGACCUGGUGCUUUGCAUCGCUGCUCACAGUGUAACUAAAAAAAUGAAGUGUUUAUGAACCGAUAGCAUAGUGUGCUCAUGAGUUGUUAAAAAAAAAAAAAAAAGGAAUUGUUGUAGUGCCUCUAGUAUUUAUUUCAACCGAAAACUGCCGCAAUAUGUACAAGGUGACACGUAAAAAUCAUUUUGCAAAAAUGUAGGUAUAGUAAUUGGAUUCUAUACUUAAGGAAAUGGUUUAGUUCAAAAUGAAAAUUGUCUGUAUUUACUCACCCAAACCCAAUGUUACAAACAUAUAUGAUGUAUAAAAAAAAAUCUGUGGAUCCUUUUUGUUGAAUUGUAAUGUAUGAACAUUACGCUUUCAUUCAAUGACAACUAUUAAACAACAUGGUAACACCAUAAAAGUACUAUAU